AUGGGAGAUCACCUUCACUUCCAAUCCCUGCACCUCCCUUCCUUCUUCCCUCCAUCUCUCCUCUCUCCUCCUUCAACAUCCUUCCUAGCGGAGACCCGAACCUACGCCCGAAGCACGUCCCGCACCAUUCACUCCCCUCAACCCCCCCAGCAAGAUGCGGAUCGAACUCGAGAGCAGCAGCAGCUCGUACGACAGGGAGCCAUCAUCUGCCUUUGGGUCAGCACAUCCACAGACGAAGCUCUUAGCCCACCACUCAACGAUACCGACGAGGAACACCCAUCUUGUCCACAGGGUUCCAAGCCCAACACCGCCGUCUGUGGAUGGGAUCUACGGCACGUUGACCUCGCAGUCAUCUGGUAA